UCCUCUGAUCCUAACUUCGUUCUACGAAAUGUUUUGCCCGGGUCGGAUCCAAUCAGGAGCCCGGGGCCUUUGGCCCCGCCCCCACGUGACUCUUUCAAAACCUGCCCCUUUGUUUGAGCUGCUGUGUAUGUACUGAAAGUCCCUGGCAAGAGGCAAGCGGAGCCGGUGGCGGCUUCUGGGGGGUGCCUCUGUACAUCCAGCUCCUCCAUGGUGCGGGCAACUUAUCGUCCCCCUAGCCUCCUCCCGGUGCAUGCGACUUACCAGCACUCCUGCUGCCGGUGGAUGUAAUUUACUCUCCCACCCAUCCUGCCCACUGCAUGCAAUAUACCCCCCUUCCUGCUCCUGCUUGCGGUGCACACUUCCCUCUGCAACUGCUGUACCCGGAGCUGUGUCCCUAACCCCUUCCCCGGUGCAAGCCCCCACGACGCUGAUCGGUGCCGCUUGCCCCGGCGGUCCUCAUGGCCCGCAGAGCUGUGCCGCCCUCCCUCUGGUCUGGGAGCGACCGAGUGCGGAUCGGGGAGCGGCUUCAGGCAAGCCUCGCCGGGAUUCUGGAGCUGGGGCUGCUGAGAGAGACGCAGAAGGGAACCGUGGAAAGCGCCCUGGGCAUCGGGGAGCCGGCGGGGGCUGUCCCAGGGGGGCAGCGACAGGGUCCAAUAAAACCUGAGCCAGCCCCUCCUCUUGGGGGGAAGCCACAGGGCCCCCCAGCUCCACGUCAGCCAAGAUAUAGAUCUGCAAACAUCUCUGGGCAGGGAUGGGGCAGCCUGGGGGCUAAGGAACCACUGCCCCCAGCUAAGCUGGACCGGAGCAAGUCUGAGGACCUGCUGGGCAUCCCUGAGAAGCCAUGUAUCUCCUACUGCUCCUCCGAGAGCAUCGAUGUGGGGCGCCAGGCCGGGAACAGGGACAGCAGAAUGCCAGUGAUGAGCCUGGCCUUGAGAACCGCCGGCUCCAGCGAGCAGUUGCUGCUCCCCAAGAGGCCCAGGGCACAGGCAGAGCCUAGCUUCACUGCACCAGAGACCUCAGAGGCCGACUCCAGGCCCAGCUCAGGGUUCUACGAGACCAGCGAGAUGGGCUCCCUGUCCGACUCCUCCACGUCCAUGCACAGCGAGUGCCCGGGGGGCUCGCAUUGCAGCGUCGGUUCACUCUCCCACCUCCCAGGCCUACGGGACAGUGGCUGUUCACGGCCACGCUCCACCGACGAGGCCACCGUCAGGCUUCUCGACCUCCGACUGCAGCGGGUAAUGGCACCCAAUGCUCCCAGCAGUCCCCAUGCUGCUGCCAGGAGACCAGUCUCAACAGGUGACCUGGAGUUCCUGCUGAACCUGGGUGAGCUCUCUCCAGCCUUCCCUCCGAGCUUGCAGCUCCUGCAAUACAAGUGCGACCUGGUGUCCCGCAGCACCAGCGAGAUCUACCACUACCCCAGCCCAUUGCAUGCCGUGGCCUUGCAGAGCCCACUCUUUACCAGCGGCCUGUCCCGGGGCCCAUCCCAGGAGGACCUCAGUGAGCGGGCAGCCAUCCCCACUGUGCAGGAGGGCUCUCCCCAGAGUGGGACAGCCCCCUCCGAGGAGCAGCGCCAGGUCCAGCUGGACCGUUACAUCGCCAAGCUGGUGCUGAGGUACAGGUGUCGGUCGCCGGCUAGCCGCACAGAGCCUGGCUACCUGGCAGGGCACCAGAAGAGCCAGUCCAUGUCAUCAGUCUGUGGCUCCCCGCUGGGAGCUGGGCCACUCCCUGGCUGGAAAAUCCGCAGGCGCAUUUCUACCUGCUCCCACCUCCGCUCUCCAGAGGGGCCCAACAGCUCCCAGGCCCUGGAUGGCCCAAGAGGCCGGGGCUCCACUGCCUCCUCUGUGGGGUCCAGCGAGCGAUCAAUCGGGUUGCUCCUGGAGCAGCUCUCACUGUGCCGGGAGCAGCCAGAGGGAGCCGGCUGGGCUGAGGCCUCGUCCUGUCAUCCCCAUGUGGUCAGGGUCAGGGCCUUCUCCAGGAAGGCCCUUGGAACAGAGCGGGAGCGGCUGUACAAGGGCAAGCAUGCCUCGCGGGAGUUGGUGAAGGCAGGCGAGGGUGCAGAGCGCAGCUGGCUCAGCCCGCGGGAGCUGUUUCGCAGGAUCAGCCUCCGGCGCAGGCCAGCUCUCCGGGCAGAGGGCGGGAGCCGCUGCAGCUCAGAGGUGAACGUCCGCUCACCAAGGCCUGUGUAUCGCUGCAGCUCCCAGUGCUGCCUGGAGCCCCCAGGGAGACAGAAGUGGGCAUCCGUCCUGGAGAUCUCCAGCCAGGCCCUGGGGAGGCCAAAAGCCGAGCCCUUCCCCCCACCAAGCUGCCAGCUGGCCUUCUCCACAGACUCCUGCUUCCCUGAUGGCAGCCAGCUGGAGCUGCAGCCACAGCAGGUUGAGGGCAGCAGUGCCUCCAGCCUCAGUGAGGUGGAUGCUGUCAGCCUGAAUGGGGAUUGGCGACUGCGGCAACUGGGCCCACCCAGGGCCCGCCUGCUCCACACCUCUGCCACACUGGAUUCCAGCAACAUGGCCAUGACCAGCUUCAAACUACACAGGACUCGCUCCUUCAAGGAGCUGAAGAGGAUGGGCUGCAAAGAAGCACCCACUUCUCCAGUCAGCUGUUUAUGUCUCCUGCAUGAGCCUUGCCCUGUUCUUUUUGCAUGACACCACACAGAGAAGGGAGAGAACUUGGCCCUGACAUGAGCCAUGGCACCUGCUUCACAGUGGCACAGCCAGCAAGGGCAAGAGAGUCACUUACCUGCUCAGGAAGGGAACUAGGGAUGUCUCAGGCUUGGAUUUGGCCAGGGCAGGCUGAGCAUAAUAAAUGCAGGGACUGGUCUGUGCCACGGCUGACGUACAAUGCAGAGGCCUUGGCU